AUGGCCACCGAUUUCAAGUCCAUCCCCGUCAUCGAUAUUUCUCCUCUUUUGGCUAAGUCCGAUGAUCCGAAAAUGGCUGAAGAUUUAGGUGUCAAUGACGUUGUCAAGCAAUUGGAUCAAACUUGCAGAGAAGCUGGCUUCUUCUAUGUGAAGGGACAUGGCAUACCUGAUUCUCUUUUGAAAGAAGUAAGAGAGCUGACCUGCAAGUUUUUUCGACUUCCAUAUGAAGAGAAGAUAAAGAUAAAGAUGACUCCAGACGCCGGAUACAGAGGAUAUCAAAGGAUUGGAGAAAACAUAACUAAAGGUGUACCGGACAUCCAUGAAGCUAUUGAUUGCUAUAAAGAACUGAAACCAGGGGAACAUGGAGAUCUCGGCAAAACUAUGGAAGGAUGUAACCAAUGGCCACUGGAUCCUCCAAAGUUCAAGCAAAUUAUGGAGGAUUACAUCAAACUAUGUACAGACCUUUCAAGAAACAUAAUGCGUGGUAUUGCUUUGGCUUUGGGUGGAUCUCCAUACGAAUUUGAAGGCGAUAGAGCGGGAAAUGCAUUCUGGGUAACGCGUAUCAUCGGUUACCCAGGCAAAUCCUGCAAAAAUGGCCUAGAGAAGCCCAUAAAUGAUGUCGGAUGCGGAGCUCACACCGACUAUGGUUUAUUGACAUUGGUUAAUCAGGAUGAUGAUAUAACUGCACUUCAGGUGAGAAACCUCUCUGGCGAAUGGAUAUCAGCUCCUCCGGUUCCUGGAGCAUUUGUCUGCAAUAUUGGAGACAUGUUAAAGAUUUACUCAAACGGCUUGUACGAGUCGACUCUACAUCGAGUUAUCAACAACUCCACAAAAUAUCGAGUCUCUGUAGCAUAUUUUUAUGAGACAAAUUUUGACACGGCUGUAGAGCCUCUGGAUAUUUGCAAAGAGAAGACGGGUGGGGCUAAGAUAUUCAAGAGAGCUGUUUAUGGAGAGCAUUUGGUUAGCAAGGUCCUGACAAAUUUCAUUUAAGGAUCAUCUGACCUUUCGGCUAAUUUCUUGUUCUUAAGCUGUUGUGUC